AUGACAGACUCAAGCAAACAAGAAGGUGAUUUAGAUGAAAGCAAUGAUCUUAGUCUUAUGACAAUAUCUGAAGGAGCUCAAAAAUUAAUGGGAGACUCAAAGUAUACUAAAAAACGUGAUGCUAUACCCGUGGAAUUAGAAGACACUUCUUUUAACAAGACUGUAAGAAGAGAUAUUGAUGAAUUGAAUUCAGAUACCUCAGAUGAUGAUUUUGGUCCUCUUCCACUUUUAUAUGCAACUAAGAUUAAUACCGAAGAUGAUAGCUCUGAAGCUGGACCUGGCACAAUAUCGAAGGCUAAUUCACAACUAAAUAAUGAAGGUAAAACUAAAGAUUCUAAUUAUAUAUAUCCUAUAAGCCUUCCAUGUGGAGAAUUAUAUGAGUAUAGUUGUAUGCAUAGGAGUCAAAUAAGUCAUAUUGUAUGCAGUUCCAAAACUGGAUUUGUAGUUACUGCAAGUAUAGAUGGUAUAAUAAAGUUUUGGAAAAAUAUUAACUUGAAGAAAAAACCAGAUAAUUGUAAGGACGAUCGAUUAGAAUUUGUAAAAUUAUUUAAAGCUCAUAAAGAUAUUAUAUCUGAUUUAUCAAUAUCUAUCUGUGGAAAUUUUUUAGUUAGUGUAUCAUGUAAAGAAACGAGUUACAAUCUAUUCAAUGUUACAAGCUUUGAUAUGAUAUCUUCUAUAAAGUUACCAUUUAAACCUGGAAAAUGUAGAUUUAUAUUGGAUAGCAGUAGAAAUGCUUCAAAUUAUAUUAUAUCUCCUCCAAUAGCUAUUUCUGAUAGUGAAACACCAAGAGUAUAUAUAAUUCCUCCAAAUGGUAACUGUAUCCAAUCUUUAGAAAAAUUAUCAUUUUAUAAUUAUCAUAAAGCUAUUAUUAACUGCCUUUGCUAUUGCCCAUUUACAAAUAUUGUGAUUUCUGGUGAUAUUAGUGGUGGUUUAGAAGUUUGGGAUCCACAAACUUUGUCUUUACCUAAGAAAAUGACAACUAAGGACUUUAAACUAUCUUACAAAAACAUAAUUAAAUAUGAAUAUAAAUCAGAAACUGAUUUAUUUGAAUUGCAAAAAGCCAAAAUAUAUCCUAUAUGUAUUAAUUGUUCUCCAAAUGAAGAGACUUUUGCUUUGUUAUGUUCUGAUUCUUCUGUUAGAAUAUAUCGUACAAGUACUGCUAAAUGUAUUAAAAUAUAUGAUGAAAGUAUAUCUAUGUAUAAAUUGUCUCAAAAUGAUCCUAAAAAUGAAAUUCUACGAAUAGAUCCGUUAGAAUUUGGUAUACGAAGAAAAAUAGAGCUUGAGUUGAAUAAAAAGGAUUCCUCUUUUUUUAAUUUCCAAACCUUAUAUUUUGACGAAACGUCAAAAUAUAUUCUUUAUCCUUCAAUUAUUGGCAUUAAUAUUGUAGAUUUGACUAACAAUAAAAAAGUAGUGAUCUUGGGGAAACUAGAAAAUGGCAAACGAUUUUUGUCGUUUACAUUACUACAACAUUAUCAUGCUAACAUAAGGAAAAUAACUCUCAACACAGAAAAAUAUGAUUUGGUGUCAUCUGUGUUUAAUCCAAUAGUAAUAGCUUCUGCUUAUAAAUCUAAUCGCCUUUAUGUAUUUUCAAGAAAGCUACCAAUAUUAGAAAGUGGCCAUUUUGACUUCAAUAGAGAUCUGUACAAUGAUAAGCCUACCAAAGAUGAAAUAGAGAAACUUAAUAAACUUGAGUCAUCAAGAAUACCUAGGGAAUUAAAUAAAAAUAAGAAGAUAGCUAAAAUUGUCAUAUUACACUCAAGCAAAGGGGAUAUUACCAUUGAACUUUUUAGUGAACACUAUUCUCCUAAAGCUGGUGAAAAUUUUAGUACCCACUGUUUAAAUGGAUAUUAUAACAAUUGUAUAUUUCAUAGAGUUAUAAGAAAUUUUAUGAUUCAAACUGGAGACCCACACGGGGAUGGAACAGGAGGGAAAUCUAUUUGGGGUGGCUUAUUUGAAGAUGAAACUAACAAUAGUCUAAUGCAUGAUAAACCUUUUAUUGUUAGUAUGGCUAAUUCAGGUCCAAAUACAAAUGGUAGUCAAUUCUUUAUAACUACUGUACCUUGUCCUUGGUUAGAUGGGAAACACACUAUAUUUGGUAAAGUUAUUAAUGGUUUUGAUAUUGUUAAAAGUAUUGAGAACUCAAAAACUGAUAAGAAUGAUAGACCUAUAGAAGACAUAUAUAUCAUUUCUACGAGUGUUAUUUUCUAG